AUGGCAAAUACCAACUCACAAGAGAUCUCGGUUCCCUGCUCAAAUCAAAAAGGGCAGAACGCGUCUACGCACAGGCUGGUAUCACCAUGGUAUAUCCUCGCCGAGACAUGUGCUCGUCAGCCCAAUGACCGAGCCAUCUGGACGCGCGAACGAAGCUGGAGUUUCCAAGAACUGCACGACCAAACUGCUCGCUACGCACAAUGGAUGCUCGAGCAGGGUGUGCAACCCGGGGACUUAGUCGCCAUGUACUUGCAUAACUCUGCAGAGUUCCUCAUGGUCAUGUUUGCGACGCUGUCCAUUGGCGCCGGUCCUGCACUCAUCAAUUACAAUCUCGAAGGAAAAGCUCUCAUGCACUGUCUCGCAGUGUGUGAAAGUAAGAUCCUCAUCGUAGACGCCGACUCCGGUUGUCAAGCCCGCAUCACCGCAAGCCAACAAGACAUCGAAGCAGCCGGGAUGACAAUUAUCACCCUCGACCACACCCUCAAAUCUCAAAUUGCUUCUCGCCAAGCGAUAGUGCCCCCGGACACCCUCCGCAACGGCAUGAAAGGCACUCAACCCUACUGUCUCAUCUACACAUCCGGAACCACCGGUCUUCCCAAGGGUUGUCCCUUCCUCAUCAACCGCGUCUGGCUCAUGGGCUCUCACCUCUCCCCACCCCUCAACACCGUUCCGGGCAAAGACUGCUGGUACUCGCCCAUGCCCCUCUACCAUGGCACAGGCAUCAUCACAUCCUCCAACGCCCUCCUCGCAGGCGUAGGAAUUGCCAUCGCUCCCCGCUUCUCCGUCAAAAACUUUUGGCCCGACAUCCACGAUUCGAAAAGUACACUAUUCAUAUACGUCGGAGAAACGGCCCGCUACCUCCUCGCAGCCCCUCCCCACCCUCUCGAAACCAAACACAACAUCCGCACCGCAUACGGAAACGGUCUACGACCAGAUGUCUGGUCCAAACUUCAAUCCCGCUUCCACAUUCCGGAAAUCGCCGAAUUCUUCAACUCCUCCGAGGGCAUGCUCGCCCUCGUCGUGUAUUCCCGCAAUUCCUACUAUUCCAACUGCGUCGGCCAUCAUGGUCUUCUCUUCCGCCGUUUAUACAACAACACCUACGUCCCCGUCAAAAUCGACACUGACACAGGAGACAUCUACCGGUCUCCCACUACCGGCUUCGCCACUCGCACAUCUUACGAUGAAGGAGGCGAAAUCCUCGUCUCCAUACCGAGUAAAGAUGCCUUUGGGGGUUAUUGGCGGAACCCGUCCGCAACGGAUAAACGAUUCGCGACGGACGUGUUUCGGAAGGGGGAUUUGUACUAUCGCUCCGGAGACGCGUUACGCCGUUCAGACGAGGGACAUUGGUACUUCCUCGAUCGACUAGGUGAUACAUUUCGAUGGAAAUCCGAAAAUGUGUCGACCGCUGAAGUCGCGGAAGUUCUCGGUCACAUUUCGGGAAUUACGGAGGCAAAUGUUUAUGGUGUGGCUAUCCCCGGGUAUGAAGGCCGUGCGGGUUGUGCGGCGUUGCAUCUCUCAGAUCUAUCGGUCAUCGAGAAUGAAUCUUGGAGGAGAGAUGUACUGGCGCAGUGUCGGAAGUCGUUGCCCAGAUAUGCCGUGCCGGUCUUCUUGAGGAUUCAGAAGGCGAGUUCGCAUAUUCACAAUCAUAAGCAGAACAAAGUGGGGUUGAGGGCUGAGGGAGUAGAUCCGGAGUUGAGGGGGAAACAUGAGAAGACGGGAGGGGAGGAUGUGAUUUUGUGGGCGGGACCGGGAAUGGACAGUUUUAGGGAAUUUGGGAGGAAGGAGUGGGAGGAUUUGAAGGGGGGCAGAGCCAAGUUGUAA